UCCGCAUGGGUGCUUGUGGGAGAACAUGGUGAUCCCGUGGAGGCUUUGCCGGAGGCUAAUGGUCGGCAGUGCAGCCUUUCCAAAAAACUUCUGCGUUUCUAACAGUGGAUCUGCUGGAGGUGCAGCCGCGUCGUCGGUAUUGUCUGCAGGCAGGCUUGCGAGAAAAAAUUCAAGCAUUCUAGCGGGGUAUAAUGUUAGGUCACUGUACACUACAUCCAACAUUUGCUCUUGCAAAAAGGCCAGCAGCGACGCGAAAGUAAAGGACCCUUUCACGCUUGCGCAGAAAGACUUGAAAAAUCUGUAUGAUGAUAUCAAAAAGGAGCUGUUUGUCUCCAAAGCGGAGCUGAAGUCUCUGUGCGAAUAUUACUUUGAUGGAAAGGGCAAGGCCUUUCGACCAAUGAUAGUGGUGCUUAUGGCUCGCGCCUGUAAUCUUCAUAGCAACCGAGAUGGGGAUCUGUUACCUAGUCAGAGAUCCAUAGCCAUGAUCUCGGAAAUGAUCCACACGGCCAGCCUGGUGCACGACGACGUCAUCGAUGGGUCAGACACCCGCAGGGGGAAGAGCACCAUCAGCGAAGUGUGGGGUGAGAGAAAGGCGAUCCUGGCGGGCGAUUUCAUCCUGUCCGCAGCGUCUGUGGCCCUCGCCCGCAUCGGCAACACCACCGUGGUGGCGGUGUUAUCGCAAGUCAUCGAAGACCUGGUGCGAGGUGAAUUCAUGCAGCUGGGAUCUAAGGAAAAUGAGAACGAGAGGUUUAAACACUACCUGGAGAAAACCUUCAAGAAGACCGCCAGCCUGAUCGCCAACAGUUGUAAAGCAGUAUCGAUCCUCGUGAACUCUGACCCAGAAGUACAUGAAAUCGCUUACCAGUAUGGGAGAAAUGUUGGAAUUGCAUUUCAGCUGGUCGACGAUGUGCUGGACUUCACGUCGUGCGCUAACCAGCUGGGGAAGCCUUCAGCGGCCGACCUGAGGCUGGGCUUGGCCACUGGGCCGGUCCUUUUCGCCUGUCAGCAGUUUCCUGAGCUGCACGCCAUGAUCAUGAGGAGGUUCAGCUCAAACGGGGACGUGGACCGAGCCUGGCAGUACGUCCUGCAGAGCGACGGCGUCCAGCAGACCACCUAUCUGGCCCAGCGGUACUGUCAGGAGGCCAUCCGUCAGAUCAGCAAGCUGCGGCCUUCCCCGGAACGCGACGCUCUGAUCCGGCUAACGGAGAUGGUCCUCACCCGGGACAAGUGACCUCUCCCCCUCCUUGGGCCUCACUCUAGGCCUCACUCCGGGCAGCCACUCUUCAGCACAGCGGGGGGGGGCGGGGGAAUGGGGGUGCCCUGACCUCCCCCCCCCCCCCAGAGCCGUUAGAGGAAGAGGCCGCCUUACCGCAUUCAGUACUGUAAAUGCCACACACGGUCUCACCCCGCCUCCAGCACCUGUCCGUCACUGCUGGACGCCACCACGCUGGGGCAGAAUGUACCCACUUUCAGGGUGGGGCAGGAUAGAGAAAAGCUACCCCCCAUGGGUUCGUUUACAGAGUCGUCGUCCCCCCCCCCCCAAAGAUCCGUCCACGCCUCAGAGGCCCAUGUGGUUGUUUUGUCAUACCUCCCACCGUCGAUAACAAUGUUACGAUGGUAGCUCUGUGAAAGCUCUCAGCAAACAACCAAGGCCUUAAUCCAUAACGCAACUGUACUCAAUAACAAUCCGUUUUGUACAUUAAACAUUGUGUCAUGUAUUUAUUGCCAAUCACCACAGUAUCCUUUUUUUUGCAUGUAUAGGAGAAUGAUUUAUUAUAAAAGUCUGUACAUAAAUUUCAUUUAACAUUUCAUAUAUACAAAUUAUGAGUGGAAGAGAUGUUAUGGAUCUUCUUCCCAGGGAAUUUAGCUAGUACACUUUCAGGUGUGUAACAUAAUGAAGUAAACAGACAAAAGUAUCAAGGCAUUGGCUGCGACAUCCUGAAGGAACAAUUUGCGACUGACAUAAUCAGAGUGAACUGAUGUUUCAGCAAGAGGGAAAACUGCAGGAUUGAGUUCCUUUGACAGCAAAUUUAGUGGAAAGGUCUAAGUUUCAAACUGAGUUGUGUAUAUUUGUGUAAGAUUUCAAAUUAACACGCUCUCAGAUGACAUGACUUUUGAGUUAUUCGGUAUAUUUAACAACGAAGUAAUCACAAAAGUAAAGUAAAAGUGAUUGUUAUAAUUCUGUUAAAAAUGACAUUUGCUAAUGAUUUAUGGACCUGAGAUAUGUGCCUAGACCAUUCACCUAGAUUGAUCAAAUACUUCACGGAGUUCAUUUUAGAUUUUUUUUUUUUUCAACAAACCUAUGAUACUUUAGCAGGAAGACAACAACUUGUAUUCCCCCACAGAGGGAGAAUGAAUGUUACAUUGGUCUCCAUUAUCUUUUUUAUGGAAUGUGGAUAAAAUGGCAGUGUUUUCAGAUGGAAAAUACAACAUUAUAGAAGGUCUUUUAUUUUGGAGAACUGGAUCCAGCAGUGCCAACAUCCUGGCCAUAUCUACAAUUAUCUAAUUUUGAUCUUAAGCUCUUAGGUACUGUAAGACAGUGAACAUCCAUGUCACUGAAGGUAAUCUGAAGUACAGUAUAUCCUUUUUUCCUCUCACUGUAAUUAAAUGGCUGAGAUGUUGCAUUCACUAGAAAAUGAUCUGGAUAUUUAAAAAAAUUUUAACACUAGGGUACAACGGGGCCAACAGUGGGAGUUCCAGACUUUCCAGGCCUCCGUCAUGGGCGACCACCAGAAACAGCCUUGUUUUACAUAUAUAACCAGAUGUAAAAAUUCAUCAUGUAAAUUUAAUGAUAUCAAAUGUUUUUAAAUACAAAGUAGAGCAUUUAGAAAAUAAGACCAUAAACAAGUCCACAAAGGCUUCAGACAUUUCAUUUCAAAAACAAAUCGAGUGCUCACUGUAAAUAUUACAACAUACUGGAAGCAUAAUGGAAUUAAAAUUAUAGGUUACAAUUAACAUUUCUUAUUUUUUUUUCCAUUUUCGUGUGCAUGCUUUACGGCAAGAUUUAAGUACAUUUCAGGAAUGAGGAGUAGCCUUAAAAAAAAAACAUACAAAUUUGAAAAAAAAUCUGCAAUUCUGACAAGCAGUUUAAGUUUGGCAUUC